UGUAUCAUGUGGUGUGAGGUCAAGGCACGAGUUUGUUAAGGGGAUUGGGUUGCAGAGACCGAAGAAGGAAGGACCGCUGGAAGCUUCACUCCCCCUUUUUUCUUUUCUGUGCACAUCUGUUGCUGAGGAGAUGGCAGUCUUGAUUCCAGACUUCAUUGCUUCACAGCAUGGCAAGCUGCAUCUCUGGGGCUCACCGCUGAGACUUUGACAGGCGAUAUUUCCCAAACCGGACAUGUCCUCUUAAUGUUUUUUGUUUUUUGUUUUAAACUCCAAGGGAUGUCGAGGCGUUGGUGCAGGCGGGUCCUGCUUGGCGUGGAAGUUGGCAUGGUGGUGGCUGUGGUGGUGCUCGUGGUCGGUGCUGCAGGACAGGACCACGGCGGGAGAGAAGCCGGGUCGUCUUGCUAUGGGGGAUUUGACCUUUUCUUUGUGUUGGACAAAUCUGGCAGUGUGCAACAUUACUGGAAUGAAAUCUAUUAUUUUGUGGAACUCCUGGCUCAAAGGUUUAUCAGUCCUCAGCUGAGGAUGUCUUUCAUCGUCUUUUCAACACAAGGGCGAAUAGUGAUGCCGCUGACAGAAGACAGAGAGCAAAUACGAGCCGGGUUGGCCGAGCUGCGAAUGGUCCAGCCAGGUGGCGACACCUACAUGCACAAAGGCUUGGAAAAAGCCAGUCAGCAAAUUUACUAUGCGACAGGCGACGGCUACCGGACUGCCAGCGUCAUCAUCGCCUUGACAGAUGGAGAACUGAGAGAAAAUCAAUUUGAUCUGGCUCAAAGUGAGGCCGGCCGAGCGCGACAGUUGGGGGCCACCGUCUACUGUGUGGGAGUGAAAGACUUCAAUGAAACCCAGCUGUCAACCAUCGCCGACAGCCAGGACCACGUCUUCCCCGUGACGGAGGGAUUUCACACCCUGCAAGGGGUCAUUGACUCGAUUCUGAAGAGGUCAUGCAUUGAGAUUCUGGCUGUUGAGCCGUCUAGCAUCUGUGCAGGAGAGUCAUUCCAGGUGGUAAUCAGAGGAAAUGGUUUCUUGCACGCUGGUGAUGUGCAGAAAGUCCUCUGCAGCUUCCGCAUCAACGACACAGUGACUUUUAUGAAAAGGCCUUUGGUGGUGAAAGACACCUACCUUCUGUGCCCGGCUCCCGUUUUGGAAAAGGAGGGAAUGGCCGCCACGCUCCACGUCAGCAUGAACAACGGCCUGAGUUUCAUAUCCAGCUCCGUCACCAUCACUGCUGUCACUUGUUCUGAUGGGACCUUUGUGGCGAUUGCUCUGCUCAUCCUGCUGCUCCUGCUCAUCUUUGCUCUGCUGUGGUGGUUCUGGCCUCUCUGCUGCACCGUGGUCAUUCAUGAGCCACCACCACCACCGAUAGAGGACGAUUUCUCGGACGACGAGGAUGACUUUCACAAGAAGAGAUGGCCCACAGUGGACGCCUCGUAUUACGGAGGCCGCGGCGUUGGAGGCAUCAAAAGAAUGGAGGUGCGCUGGGGUGACAGAGGCUCCACCGAGGAAGGAGCCAAGCUGGAAAAAGCAAAGAACGCUCGGGUUGUGAUGCCCGAAGACGAACCCGAUCUUCCGCCUUUAUCGCGGCUGCACUACCACCUGCGAAAACCCGCCCACCCUCACAAGUGGUACUCCCCCAUCAAGGGCAAACUGGACGCUCUGUGGGUUUUCCUGAGACGAGGCUAUGACCGAGUGUCAAUCAUGCGACCUCAUCCUGGAGACAAGGGGAAGUGCAUCAGCUUCACCCGCACCAAGUCCUACCCGGCCCCUCGCUAUCCCAUCUACAAGCACCCCUCCACGCCCAUCUACACCCUGCCCCACGGCGGGCAGUGCCCCACCCCCGACCACGCCUUCACCUUGCCGCCGUCGCCCACCUCCACCCUGCCGCCGUUGCCGCACUCGCCCCCGCCGCCCCUCAACAACGCCAGGCGCCUCUCCGCUCCCCCCUCGCCCACCGGCUUCCUGCCGCCCCCGCCGCAGGGCCCGCCUCCUUGCAGAGCCCCGCCUCCGGCCCGCCCACCGCCACGCCCCAAUCAGGACGACUACUGAUGCUAAAGAACUCCUGAACAGUUAAGUUGGAUUCUUUUAUGUCUGUUUGUUUGUUUGUUUGUUUGUUUUAAAUAGGGGCUGAUGUGCAAUUAACUUGCGUAACUUCGCUGUCCAAUGAAAAGCAACUAAUAGCAGGUCCAAUCAGAAUAUUGGGAGAAGUCUGUUCCAGUGUUAAAACUAUUUUGACUGGCAUGCAAGUGUAACAAAGUCCUUAAAUCCUUCAUCAUUUUUUAACCUUCCAGGCACAAAAGUGUCAAAAGAAACUCCCCACUGUACUAGUAGUAUGUCAAAACCUCCAUUAAAUACUAACUAAAUGUCUCUUUUAAAAAAAAAAAAAAAAGUAACAUAAUGCCUGUAUUAAUAGUAUCAGUAUAACAAAAUGGUAAAUAGCUAAAUACAAACCCUGUUUCCAUAUGAGAUGGGAAAUUGUGUUAGAUGUAAAUAUAAACAGAAUACAAUGAUUUGCAAAUCAUUUUCAACCCAAAUUCAGUUGAAUAUGCGACAAAGACAACAUAUUUGAUGUUCAAACUGAUAAACUUUUUUUUUUGUGCAAAUAAUCAUUAACUUUAGAAUUUGAUGCCAGCAACAUGUGACAAAGAAGUUGGGAAAGGUGGCAAUAAAUACUGAUAAAGUUGAGGAAUGCUCAUCCAACACUCACAGGUGUGCAGGCUAAUUGGGAACAGGUGGGUGCCAUGAUUGGGUAUAAAAACAGCUUCCCCAAAAAAUGCUCAGUCUUUCACAAGAAAGGAUGGGGCGAGGUACACCCCUUUGUCCACAACUGCGUGAGCAAAUAGUCAAACAGUUUAAGAACAACGUUUCUCAAAGUGCAAUUGCAAGAAAUUUAGGGAUUUCAACAUCUACGGUCCAUAAUAUCAUCAAAAGGUUCAGAAAAUCUGGAGAAAUCACUCCACGUAAGCGGCAUGGCCGGAAACCAACAUUGAAUGACCAUAACCUUUGAUCCCUCAGACGGCACAUCAAUCUCUAAAGGAUAUCACCACAUGAGCUCAGGAACACCAGUCAGUAACUACAGUCGGUUGCUACAUCUGUAAGUGCAAGUUCAAACUCUAGUAUGCAAAGCGAAAGCCAUUCGUCAACAACAUCCAGAAACGCCGCCGGCUUCUCUGGGCCCGAGAUCAUCUAAGAUGGACUGAUGCAAAGUGGAAAAGUGUUCUGUGGUCUGACGAGUCCACAUUUCAAAUUGUUUUUGGAAAUAUUCAACAUUGUGUCAUGUAGCGAACCAUCCAGACUGUUAUCGACGCAAAGUUCAAAGCCAGCAUCUGUGAUGGUAGGGGGGUGCAUUAGUGCCCAAGGCAUGGGUAACUUACACAUUUGUGAAGGCACCAUUAAUGCUGAAAGGUACAUACAGGUUUUGGAACAACAUAUGCUGCCAUCUAAGCGCCGUCUUUUUCAUGGACGCCCCUGCUUAUUUCAGCAAGACAAUGCCAAACCACAUUCAGCACGUGUUACAACAGUGGGGCUUCCUAAAAAAAGAGUGCGGGUACUUUCCUGGCCCGCCUGCAGUCCAGACCUGUUUCCCAUCGAAAAUGUGUGAAGCGUAAAAUACGACAGCGGAGACCCCGGACUGUUGAACGACUGAAGCUCUACAUAAAACAAGAAUGGGAAAGAAUUCCAUUUUCAAAGCUUCAACAAUUAGUUCCCUCAGUUCCCAAACUAAAAGAAAAGGUGAUGUAACACAGUGGUGAACAUGCCCUUUCCCAACUACUACGGCACGUGUUGCAGCCAUGAAUUUUUAGGUUAUUAUUUGAGAAAAAAAAAUUAAGUUUAUGAGUUUGAACAUCAAAUAUGUUGUCUUUGUAGCAUAUUUAACUGAAUACGGGUUGAAAAUUAUUUGCAUAUCAUUGUAUUCUGUUUAUAUUGACAUCUAACACAUAUUUCCCAACUCAUAUGGAAACGGGGUUUGUACUUGUGGUCUAGUUUAGUCAAAGUUCCAAUGUUAGUUAAGUGCAUCGUCGCUUAAGUGUAAAAAGAAGCUAACCACUGUGAUUUUCCAUCCAUCCAUUUUCUAUCGCUCGUCCCGUUCGGGGUUGCGAAGGGUGCUGGAGCUAAGCUGCAUUCGGGCGGAAGGCAGGGUACACCCUGGACAAGUUGCAGAUAGACAGACAACAUUCACACACUAUGGACCAUUUUAGUGUUGCCAAUCAACCUAUCCCCAGGUGCAUGUCUUUGGAGGUGGGAGGAACCCACGUAGUCACGGGGGGAACAUGCAAACUCCACACAGAAAGAUCUCGAGCGCAGGAUCGAACCCAGGACCUUCGAUUUUAAAUAGCAAAAUAAAUACUAACUUAAAAAAACCUUGUCCAGGGUGUACACCGCCUUCCGCCCGAAUGCUGCUGAGAUAAGCUCCAGCACCCCCCGUGACCUUGAAAGGGACAAGCGGUAGAAAAUGGAUGGAUGGAAUACUAACGUUCUCUGUCAUAAAAGUGUAAAAAGAAGCUAACCACAAUUAUGUACAAACCCCAAAAACAGUGAAGUUGUCACGUUGUGUAAAUUGUAAAUAAAAAUAGAAUACAAUGAUUUGCAAAUCCAUUUCAACUUAUAUACAAUUGAAUAGACUGCAGACACAAGAUAUUUAACGUUCAAACUGGUAAAUGUUGUUAUUUUUUGCAAAUAUUAGCUCAUUUGGAAUUUGAUGCCUGCAGCAUGUUUCAAAAAAGCUGGCACAAGUGGCAAAAAAGACUGAGAAAGUUGAGGAAUGCUCAUCAGACACUUAUUUGGAACAUCCCACAGGUGAACAGGCUAAUUGGGAUCAGCCAUGACCGGGUGUAAAAGCAGCUACCACAAAAUUCUCAGUCAUUCACAAACACCACUUUCUCAACAAUUGCAUGAGCAAAUUGUCGAACCGUUUAAGAACAACAUUUCUCAACCAGCUAUUGCAAGGAAUUUAGGGAUUUCACCAUCUACGGUACGUAACAUCAUCAAAAGGUUCAGAGAAUCUGGAGAAAUCACUGCACGUAAGCGGCAAGACCUUCGAUCCCUCAGGCGGUACUGCAUCAAAAAGCCACAUCAGUGUGUAAAGGAUAUCACCACACGGGCUCAGGAACACUUCAGAAAACCACUGUCAGUAACUACAGUUUGUUGCUACAUCUGUAAGUGCAAGAUAGCGCUAAGCCAAAGCCAUUUAUCAACAACACCCAGGACUGACGCAAAGUGGAAAAAUGUUCCGUGCCCUGAUGAGUCCAUAUUUCAAAUUGUUUCUGGAAACUGUGGACGUCGUGUCCUCCGGACCAAAGAGGAAAAGAACUUGGCGCAAAAGUUCACUUCACUGGUUUUGGGUUUUGUAAUUAUGACAACAAUGUGUAUAAUGUAAAAGCGAGACGGUCUUUUGUGGCACAUUAUGUUGGCAGAUUUAUAAACAUUACUAAGUUUGGGCUGUUCAAAUUUUGAGGAAAAUUUGUGAUUUUGAUUUUUUGUUGUUGCAGAAAAAGGGAACAAAACAACAAAAAAAGAGUGAUAGGUGAUUUUCAUAAGACUGUGAA